AUGGAUACUCCCAAAGAAGUUCGGCCUACAGGAGAGUUCACAUGUCAGCUAUGUGGCCUAACAGCUCCAUACACGUACUAUGGUCAGAAGCCACCAAACACACACUCUAUUGUGCUUUUGGAAGAAAGCUAUGUCAUGAAGGAUCCUUUCACCCCUGACAAGGACAAAUUCCUCAUCCUUGGGUCUCAUUGCAGUUUGUGUAGCAGAUCAGUGUGCGUUGGUACCGAAUGUAGUCUGUUCUACUCCAAAAGGUUCUGCCUCCCCUGUGUGAAUGAAAACCUAAAGGCCUUUCCUUUGGAAAUACAAGAAGAUAUGGAUAAAAGGAAGCCCCAACAAAAAUCCUUCCCCUGUAAAAAAGGCGAUACAAGAAUGAUCCAUUUGCCAGGGGAGAGGGAUGAACGAUUUGAUCAGAAGCAGCUCCCUCCCGCUAUCUGCACAAAAGCCACCAGCAAAAGAGCCAUAGGAAUCUGCUCGGUAACCGUCUGCCAAACAGUGCUAAUGGUGAGCACCAUAGGUACCUCGGUGUCUGAAUACGCACACGGCACCGCCAACAACUCUGUUACUAACAGGAGGGCAAAGGCACUGUGUCUCCCCGAAGGCAACCCUGUGCUACCAUGUGGCAAAAUAUACCUGGAGGAUCUGAAUGUGCCAGAGGUAACGAAGUGA